GCCCCCAAAGGACUCAGUCCCUUUAAACCUGAGCUGAUUAUUGGAAAGGAGAUUUAUUAUUAUACAGGCAGAAUGGAAAGUUGUGUAUGAGGCAGGGGCAGAGCUGAGUGCUGCUGAGACUGAGGAGAUCGCAGCACACAGAUAAAGCAGGGUCUGCAGGAGAAGGGGCAGAGACAGCAGGAACUUACUGUGAGACACCUGACAGGUGACAGAAGAGAGUUGGGUCCCUAGAGAAAGCAGGAUCCUGAAGGAGCCUUUCAGGAGCCAGAGAUGGCCUCUGCCACAGAUGCAAGAUAUGGACAAAGGGAUGUUUCUGACCAGAACUUUGACUACAUGUUCAAACUGCUAAUCAUCGGGAACAGCAGCGUGGGGAAGACUUCUUUUCUCUUCCGAUAUGCAGAUGACACCUUCACAUCGGCUUUUGUCAGCACAGUGGGAAUAGACUUCAAGGUGAAGACUGUUUAUCGGAAUGACAAGAGGGUGAAGCUUCAGAUCUGGGACACAGCUGGGCAGGAGAGAUACAGGACCAUUACUACUGCAUAUUACAGAGGCGCAAUGGGAUUCAUACUGAUGUAUGACAUUACCAACGAGGAAUCUUACAAUGCCGUGCAGGACUGGGCCACGCAGAUCAAGACCUACUCUUGGGACAACGCUCAGGUUGUAUUGGUGGGAAAUAAGUGUGACAUGGAGGAUGAGAGGGUGAUCGCGCCAGAGAAAGGGAAGCAUCUUGCUGACCAGCUUGGCUUUGAGUUCUUUGAAGCGAGCGCCAAGGAGAAUAUACAGGUGAAACAGGUCUUUGAACGUCUGGUAGAUAUAAUCUGUGAUAAGAUGUCGGAGAGUCUGGACAACGAGAACCCGUCCGCCAGUGGUGGGAAAAACCUGCGCUUUACAGACUCUGCUCCCCCUUUACAGCAAAAAUGUUCAUGUUAAUCCAUUCAGCACCUCUCUUGGACCAGCCGGUGCACCUCGAACUCCAGGUUGUAUUACCGUUACUUGUCGCUGUCUAGCAGAACCUCGCCAGUCUGUGCUGGGCGUAGGAUCGGAACCACUACUCAAACCUCUUUGGUACACCUCUCACAGACGUCCCCAGGUACUAGGGCUGGAAUCUCAUCCCACACAGCAGAAGGCCACCUGCUGCGCAAAACAGUAACUGAUGCAUAAAAAGUAGAAAUGGAAGCUUCCCUGAUAGGUAAUUGUAUUGGAUGAAGGGUUCAAACUUUCUUAUUUCUGUGUGAUUGUAGCACCGUGAUACAGAAUUAGUCUCUUUUGUGACAAUUUGUGUUUUUAUUAUUGUGUAAGCUUUUAAUGUCUAUAAAUGUGUGCAGUAUUUUAACUGUUGUCAUAGAAAUGUAAAUAUAUAAAUAUAUUUCCAUGUUAAAACUGCGGGCAAUAAAGUCAUCUGUUGAAAAGGA